UCUCUCUCUCUCUCAGUGUGUUCCCGCACCCGGAUACCCGCAGCAGCAGCUUGAUGUUCCUCUCUUGCUGGUGCGGUUGCGAGCAUGGGAUUGAGUGAAUUCUGACAUCACAAGUCGGAAACGCGGUCAGAAGGAACGUGGCGCCGGUGCGGAUGAAGAUGUUGGAAUGCUGGCAAAAGCUCGGGGCGUAAAAGCGCUUCGUUCCCGACAUUUCUUUAUUUAUUUUGUUUAUUUUUUUUCUCUUGUGUCUUAUUCCCCCCCCCCCCCCCCCCCGCUGUGUUGGUAACAGCGAUCAAUAAUGUUUACGUUCGCUGCCUUCUGUUACAUGCUUUCCCUCGUCCUCUGCGCUUCUCUCAUCUUCUUCGCCAUCUGGCAUAUAACGGCCUUUGAUGAGCUCCAUGCAGACUUCAAAGUCCCUAUUGAUCAGGGCAAUCCAUACCAUGCACGUGAAAGGCUUCGGAACAUUGAGCGACUAUGCUGCUUGCUCCGAAAGCUGGUGCUUCCAGAAUAUUCAAUCCAUGGUCUCUUCUGUAUCAUGUUUAUGUGUGCACAAGAGUGGCUAACUGUGGGCCUCAACAUCCCUCUCCUUUUCUACAACACAUGGAGCAGGUACUUUCAUAGCCCCACAGACACCAAGGAGCUGCUUUAUGACCCUGCAAGUGUCAUGAACGAUGAUACACUCAAGUUCUGUCAGAAGGAGGCUUGGUGCAAGAUGUCCUUCUUUGUGCUGUCCUUCUUUUAUUAUCUCUACUGUUUGAUCUACAAUUUGGUGACCUCAUAACAGAUGUUUCGACACAGAGGAAAACGCUGGGUAUUGGAGACUGUUUCUUCUCAAACCUGUAGCAUUAAACAAAUCACUGGAUCACUUUUAACACACAUUUGUUUGGCACCUGAAGACUGAAGGCUAUGGCUGUAGCUAUGAAGCCAUCAACUCGGUAAGCCUUUGGGCUGUGAAGUAUGAGGCACUUGCCAUUUGAUAAUUUAGCACACAUGUACUUAACAUUCCCCAGACUGAUUCCCAUAGAUCACAUAUCCUUGAUCUCCAAUCUAAAUAUAGUUGUUAUGGAAAACUUUUGCAAGCCAAAACAAAUGGUGAUUUUUUUUUGUACAAUGUGUAUAUCACAGCAUAGGUGUAAUGAUCUGCUGUUUUAUGUAAUUCUGUAUUCUGUUAAAAAUGAUCAGUGUGAAAAAUGUGUAAAAUUAUUGAUAUUUACAUAUAUUGGGAAUACAUAAUACUUUAUUACUGCUACAUUAUUAUUAUGUAUAUACUACUAAGAGUAGAGAAUUACACCUACUACAGUCUUCCAGUAUUUUUUCCAUGAGAGUGAUAACCAAGUUUUUUUCUUAAUGAAAGAAAAUGAUUAAAACAUAAUGUAAAGGCAAAGAAAAAGUGCUGAUGGCUGCCUCUGUCCGCAAAGAACACGUCCAAAUGUUUAAACUUUUUUUAGAAAAGUGUUGAGAGGUGUCAAGUCUCCAGAUGUCCAGGUAACCAGGUCCAAGGGCCGAGAGCAAGAGAAAAGAACAGAUAUGAAAAGUGCCAGUGGGAACAUUUAUUUUUAAUGAGUUAAUGCUGCAAAGUCACUUGCAAUAAGUGAGUUUUAGAUCACUAGUGUCUGAUGUCAUGGUCCCACUUUAAAUACACUUGAUACAGUAGCCUAAAUGUCACUUUUUUCAGGGUUAGAUAAAAUGCAGAGAAUUAAAUAACAUUUAUAUUUUUCAAAAAUAGUAUUAAAAUGCCUAAAAAUGUCCUAAAACGAAGGUUUGUGGACACCUGAGCAUAAGAUUUUAGUGUAGGUAUGUGCUUUUUUGAACAUCUGAUUUAACAGUAGCCUCCACUCUUCUGGGAAGCUGUUCCACUAGACUAUGGAGUUUGCUUAAUAUUUGUGUUAGAUUCAUUCAGCCACAAGGGUGUUAGCAAAGUCAGAACCACAUACUCCAGUAAUAAUGAACAAAUGAACAUCUAUCUAUCUAUCUAUCUAUCUAUCUAUCUAUCUAUCUAUCUAUCUAUCUAUCUAUCUAUCUAUCUGUCUGUCUGUCUGUCUGUCUGUCUGUCUGUCUGUCUGUCUGUCUGUCUCUCUCUCUCUCUCUCUCUCUCUCUCUCUCUCUCUCUCUCUCUCUCUUUCUCUCUCUCUCUAUGAGACACACAGCUGUCCUGUUCUGACCUAAAUAAAACACACUGGAAGUUGAUACACACAGACACAGGAUGUGUGUAUUUAAAAACAAAUCAAUUAGCAAAUAGGCCACAAGACUCCUGUAGACACCUUCUACUUCUAUGAUGGCUUUCUGAAAUAGCUGCAACACACUCACACAAACACACACACAAUGGUAUGCAGGUAAACUAUUUUAUUUGAUGCUUCUGCAAACGUAUCUAUCUGAUUUGCUCUAAUUAGACUGCAUGCAGGGUACAAUCUGUUUUUUAAGGACAUGAGCUUGAAAUGCCUAUUCUAAACAAUUGUGUGCCUCCAACUGUAGUACCUUUUUGAAGAAACACAAAUGGCUUAAAAGGGUGGGUGUCCCAAUACUUUUGGCCAUAUUGUGAAGCUACAUAAGCUACAUCAAUGGUUAACUGGUAUCAUAUUGAUUCCAUGUUGAUUAUUUGAUUUAAUCUUUUUUUCUAUUAGAAAGAUCCAUGCAACAAUUAUUUUCUAUUUCCAAAAGUCGGGUGAAAUAUUAAUGUCUGGAACAGCUUCAUUUCCUUGCAGUUGAAAAACAUUGUCAGAUAUAUUGUUAGAUACAUUUUGCCCCUAACAACAAUGCAUAGAAAUAAUCAUGCCACAAUUUAGAUACGAAGCGAUUAAUAAUAAAUAAUUAAUUUACAGUGAAUUUUGUUUAAUCUAAAAAAUAUCCAGUCACUGUUCCAUUAUUACAUUAAAUACUUAGAUGGCUAGAUAACAAGUUUUUAUGUUGGUUGUUUGAAAUUUGCCUGUUUAUCUAUCUAUACCUUUUUUUUUUUUUAAACAUCACCACACUAUUUGUUUCUGCUCCUUUAAAAAGCCCAGGAGUGUAGGAUUCUUCUUGUAACUUUUUGAGUGAUAGAAACACAACAAAAAUAUUUCUUUUACCACUUAACUAAUAUAUUUUUUAUGAAAAGUAUAUUGUUUCUGAUGUUGGUUGAUACGUGUGCAAUGACAAUUUAGUUUAUUUUGGUAGUUUGUGAUCCAGCUGUCAUUGCCUUGUGGAGUUAGACAUCAUGCAUAAUGACCAGCCAUUUUAUAUCUUUGUAUGUUUGUGUCUGUAUGAUAUUGGGUGGUAUAUUUGUAUAUUCAAUAAAAAGAUAU